AUGGCCAGCCCCGCGCCCUUAGUGGCCUCCAUCAGCCAUCAGAUGGUGGCUUUGCAGACCCUGCAGCUGCUGCAGCAGGAGUGGGGCUGGGGGGACGGUCCGGGCAGGCCAGGGAGCUUGCGGGAGCCGGAUCACGUGUCUGCCGCCCCAGCCAGUCGCUUGAGCCAACUACGGACUCGGCCUGGGCCCGGGCGCGAGGAAGCAGGCAGGGGUGUGGGGGCCAGCCUCGAGGGUGACGGGGCGCAGGCCAGCUCCCCAGAGGCAGAAGUGGUGCGCGACGCCGAGGGAGGCGCGGAGCUGCUGCCUUUACCCGGGGACCGCGGGCCCUGCACCCUGGCCCGGAUGGCGAUGCGCAGCGCGCUAGCGCGCGUUGUGGAUUCGACCUCCGAGCUGGUCAGCGUGGAGCAAACGCUGCUGGGGCCCCUCCAGCAGGAGCGGUCCUUUCCCAUCCACCUAAAGGAUAGUGUUGAAUUUAGAAACAUCUGUAGUCAUUUGGCUUUACAGAUUGAAGGACAGCAAUUUGACAGAGACUUGAAUGCUGCCCACCAGUGUUUGAAGACAAUAGUCAAGAAGCUGAUUCAGUCGCUUGCCAAUCUUCCUUCAGACACACACAUGGUGGCCUGUGCUUCCCUGAGACAGAUCUUACAGAACCUUCCAGACAUCUGAGUGUUAGAGAUGCUGAGAUUAAAACCAUAGCUGGCACUGUUAAGAGAACCAAGACUUCAUCUUCCUAAUUCAAUCAGCA